AUGAUUAACAAUAGGAGUUAUGAUAUAUCUCGAAAAGAUAAAUCUUUUAAAUCGUUUAUAAUCUCUUUGUUGGUAUUUUUGGUGAUACUAGUAGUGAUUCUUUUGGUGUUAACAUUUUAUAAUAAAUCAAAAUCUGAUGAAAAGAAUAAGGGAAGUUAUGACUCACAACGGGGAAAUAUUAAAACGUGGACUACAGAUUCAGAAGCUGAUUCUAAGACAAGUUCAACCAAAUCAGAUAAUUUCGUUGAAAAUCCCAUAAAAAAUUCUCAUACGACAACAAAUUUGGUAACUGACCCGGCAACUGCUUUUACUAAAACGAACUUGGGUACAACUAAAUCUACCGAUAAGCCGGAUAUGACUACGUCAUCUUUUGUUAGUGAUAAAUCAACAAUUUCUAGUGGUGCAAACAUUCAUAAGCAAAAUACUACGAUUUAUCCUACAAAUGCAAGUGAUACAACUUUAUCUAAUUUUGUUACUGAUACAUCAGUAAUGCCUAGUGGUACAAUUUCUAAUUCCCAAAACCAUUUAAAUACGACUGAGUCAUCUACAUCAGGUUUUAUGACAGUUACACCAUUAAUUUCUACUGGUAAGAAAUUUGAUAUUAAAUAUAUGUCGCGGUUCUAA